AUGGCUUCUGCUAAUGCUCAUUGCUGCAUCAAUCUUCUUCCUCUAGCCCUCGUCAUAUUCAUCCUCUUCAAUGCCGUCCAUCCUUGCUUGAGUUUCAACAGCCAACCCGACAGAGAAUCGACAAAGUCUGCCACCAAAUGGAGGAGUAUGGAUUCUGCGACAAACCUUCACCCAAAACAUAAAAACUCCAUCAGUGGACUUUGCUCGGUUGACCCAAGCCUUUCUUCAGUUGGCGGUGGGGAUUUUAACAGAAAAGAUUAUGACAGUAUGCUUGAAGAUGAAGGUGUAGCGCCUAGACCACAAGGCAGCUGUGAAAUUACUUUCAUACCCCCGCCUAGUCCGGUGGACCCGCUGAAAGAGAUCCAUAGGCAGAUGGGAAUUCUCAUUGCCAUGGCUGUGGUCACUGGCCAUGCAUGA